UUAUUUAAAAAAUAUAUUACAAUAAUUCUAAAUAAAAAAAAAAAACAUGAUACUGUAUGUAAUUAUAAUAAUGAAAUAAGAAGUGGUACCUACAAAGGUGGACAAAAUCUAUUUUUUCCCCCUUAAAUUCCCAAAAUAAUCACCUGUGCAUAUUGCUCUUUUAUUAAACAAAAAAAAAAAACAACAACAAAAAGAUUGUAGGGUGGAUCCCACAGCGACACCGUGAGGCAAGAUGGAGAGCCAACUGUCUACUUACACUGGCUUGCUGGUUGCUGCUAGCUCGGCUAACGUUAGCCUGGCUGCCAGCGAAAGCACCACAGACGGACACGUCGACCCGAAUAACACACAGUGUGCCUGUUGCUGGAUACCGGGCGCAUGUUCGGAGCCUACGCCGACACCACCGGAGCUUUAACUUAGGGAAAGAAAUGCUAGCCACGAAUAGGAGUCUGACCACCGCGCACUAAAAAAGCUCCUGAUCCAGCCAUGUUCGGCACAGAGUCGUCAUAGACUCCCACAAAGAUGGCAGCCACAUGACUCUAGACUGAUACCUUUGUGUAAUGGGAAGGAACUGAGUUUAGCCUGGGUUGUUAGCGGAAGUUACAGAAAGUCUUCAUUGCAUGUGCAGUAAGCAUGUUUCUCAACACACUGACACCCAAGUUCUACGUGGCUUUGACAGGCACCUCUUCUCUUAUAUCGGGACUGAUUUUGAUCUUCGAGUGGUGGUAUUUCAGGAAAUAUGGGACCUCUUUCAUUGAGCAGGUGUCUGUGAGUCACCUGCGCCCUCUGCUGGGCGGCGUGGACAGCAGUUCUCCCAGCAGCUCUAGUGCCAGCAACGGUGACGCUGACUCAAGCCGGCAAAGCGUGUCGGAAUGUAAAGUUUGGAGAAAUCCGUUGAAUUUAUUCCGAGGAGCCGAGUACAAUCGGUACACGUGGGUGACGGGCCGAGAGCCACUGACAUACUACGACAUGAACCUGUCGGCACAGGACCACCAAACUUUCUUCACCUGCGACUCGGACCACCUCCGGCCUGCAGACGCCAUCAUGCAGAAGGCGUGGAGGGAGAGAAACCCACAAGCUCGCAUCUCAGCUGCACAUGAAGCACUGGAACUAGAAGACUGCGCGACGGCGUACAUUCUACUUGCUGAGGAGGAGGCCACCACCAUUAUGGAGGCGGAGCGCUUGUUCAAACAGGCACUGAAAGCUGGCGAGGGAUGCUACCGCCGUAGUCAACAGUUGCAGCACCACAACACACAGUACGAGGCCCAGCACAGAAGAGACACCAACGUCUUAGUGUAUAUCAAGAGGAGGCUGGCUAUGUGCUCCAGAAAGCUUGGCCGAACGAGAGAGGCAGUAAAAAUGAUGAGAGAUUUGUGUGUUUUCCAGUUAAUGAAGGAGUUCCCUCUCCUCAGUAUGUUCAACAUCCACGAAAACCUGCUGGAGUCGCUGCUAGAGUUGCAAAACUACGCAGACGUGCAGGCUGUACUGGCCAAGUACGACGAUAUUAGUUUACCUAAAUCUGCAACUAUAUGCUACACAGCAGCAUUACUCAAAGCCAGAGCUGUGUCAGACAAGUUCUCUCCAGAGGCGGCGUCAAGGCGAGGUUUGAGCACCGCAGAGAUGAAUGCAGUAGAAGCAAUUCACAGAGCGGUGGAGUUCAACCCCCACGUCCCAAAAUAUCUUCUGGAGAUGAAGAGUCUGAUACUUCCUCCAGAGCACAUCCUCAAGCGAGGAGAUAGCGAGGCCAUUGCGUACGCCUUCUUUCACUUGCAACAUUGGAAGCGUGUGGAGGGAGCGCUCAACCUGCUACACUGCACCUGGGAGGGAACGUUCAGAAUGAUCCCAUAUCCCUUGGAAAAAGGUCAUCUCUUCUAUCCUUAUCCCAUCUGCACAGAGACAGCGGACAGAGAGCUGCUACCCACAGUGUUCCACGAGGUGUCGGUAUACCCCAAGAAGGAGCUCCCCUUCUUCAUCCUCUUCACGGCUGGCCUCUGCUCCUUCACCGCCAUGCUGGCGUUGCUCACGCAUCAGUUCCCGGAACUUAUGGGUGUCUUCGCUAAAGCGUUCCUGAGCACGCUGUUUGCACCGCUUAACUUCAUCAUGGAGAAGGUGGAGAGCAUCCUGCCGUCCAGCCUUUGGCACCAGCUCACACGCAUCUGAAAAACUUGACUGCUUUUGUUUUGGGAUUUUUAUUUUUUUGGAUUAUUUAAAGAUUUUCUUUGUUGUACAAAAACAAGUUGCCAUCAUUAAAAAACGAUAAAAAAAACAAACAAACAAAACUACAUAGUAUUCCUGAAGUAUUUCUAUCAGU